UAUAGAAACAAUGGCUUUUUCACUAAGACCUAUGGACAAUGAACAUUCAGUAGGCCGAACAAACGCCGCCUAUUAAUACGUGAUUUCGUCAAAGUUCAGGCAAUAUUGAGCUAAUCGGGUGAUAUCAUGGAUGUUAGCAGUUUAGUACUUUAGUAUUCAACUUCAGCAGUUCAGGUUCAGAAGGUGCAACGAAAUUAUUUUUGUUCAGAUGUCAAGAACGAAUUUUUUUAUUUGAAACCAUUGAUUUAAAAUAUAACGUCAAAGAAUGAGUGCCAAUGAUAGAUCUCCUUCAGAAAUAUCAAAUGGUAUUGAAUUAAGCUCUCACGAUUUGUUUCCAUGUCUUGCAAAUGUAAAUAGUGAUGAUGCUAGAGAAAUGGAUCCACCUGGAAUUUUUGAACAUAAAAUGUCUUACGCAAAUCAGAAGAAAAGAACUGUAACCCAAGCCAAAAAGAAGAUGUCAAUAAAUCCAUGCUUUCACACAAAGCAAAUAAAUCAAAAAAAGUACAAGAAAAAGUACCAACGAUUAAGGAAACUUGCAAAAAGAAUAAUUUUUGAAAAUGCUGCCAUUGCUGAUGAAAUAGUACAAACAGAUGCAAAGUUUCAACAAGUUAAACUUGAACGAAGAUUUCUUUUAAAAAAAUUACUUGACUAUAACACAAUGCUAAAUGAACAGGUUCAGCCUCCACCUUGUAUCAUUACACCGCACCCUGUUCCCGAUGUUUCGGAACAUUUUCCUGCUCCUGAAGCUGAUAAAGAAUUAGCCCCAGUUAUAACACAAACAGCUAAAACUAAACCAAUCAAAUUGCGUAUAAAAAAGACUGCUGCCAACCAAAAAUCGAAAAAAGACAAUGAAAAAGCAUUUGUAACAAAAGAAAAUGUUGAAGAUUCUAGCAUUUCGGAAGUUUCUCGUAACCAGGAUAUUAAAGGUGAACCCCCUGUCAAACCUAAACGAAAGAAGCCUGGAACAGCAAUGAAAAGGAAAGUUCAGCCAAUACCAGUUGAUGCUAAAGGCAAACCAGUGUUUCCCAUUGUACUUGGUGGAUUGACUGUUCACAGUUUGGGUGAUAUUGUGUGGGAUCGUCCAGGUUUUCACUCCGAAAGAUACAUCUGGCCAGUUGGAUUUUGUAGCUCACGUUACUACCCAAGUAUGAAGACACCUGAUACGAAAUGUAUUUAUACCUGCAAAAUCUUAGAUGGUGGUUAUGGUCCUACCUUUGUCAUGUCACCUGAAGAUGAUUCUGAAAAUUCAAUCGAAGCCUCCUCAGCAACAGCUUGUCAUUGUGUUAUCCUGAAGGCAAUCAAUAAAGCCAGAGGCAAGGAAGCAACAAAUACAGGAUCAGGUCCGGAAUUCUUUGGAUUUUCUCAUCCAACAAUCCAGUACCUUUUACAAAGCCUUCCAAAUGCUAGAAAAUGUUCCAAGUAUCAGUGGGUGAAAUUUGAGCUUCCUAAAACGAAAUUAUUAGGUAAACUUGGCUCAAAUCCUGUUCCUAAUGAUGACGUUUCUUUAAAAGAGUCACAAGAAAAUGAGAAAGACUGCUACGACUCGGGUGAAAUAUUUAAAGGCAGACCUUCAAGUGAAUCGCAGAAAACAAUGCAUAACUUAUCUUUCACAAGUACAGCAAGCAGUUUGUCAGACGUUCCUUCACUUGGUUUUGACACGGAUUUACUUGAUUGUCAACUGAAGUCAACAAGUGGUGAUCCAAGUUUGGAUUUAGGUACUCCAAUCUCGCCUCCAGGCAGUCUCUCAUUACCAUUGCAACUUUCACCAAAAAUGAACUCAAACAUGUCGCCAUCUACAUCAUCUCAACCAUGUUUUAUUCCUCCAACUUCUCCGUUGUUUCAUUUCGGUGAUGAUACAUUGACAGAUUAACUUCUCUACCUUAUGUUUGCUUUUAUCCUAUUCACCAUCUGUAUCUAUAUUAAUAUGUAAAUGCAGUAAAUUUGUCUUUAAACUUGUGCGAUCAAAAUGUUUCCAAAAAACAAAAAUACAUGCAUUUUAAAGCGACAGUCACAACAAUAAAAUAAAUUUAUAUUUAAAACGUGUGUAA